UGUGUUGCUGACUGACUGACUGACUGACUGACUGGGGUUUAGUUUGCAGAGAAGAGGGCACACGCUGAUAAGCUCAACACUCGCCGGCAAUUUAAGCGAAUGGAGACCUAGCAGAGAUGGCUGGUACAGGACUGUGUUGUGCCAGUCUGGAGGAACCAAAUGCCCUGAUGAAGAUGGGUCUGAGCAUGGUCCUCAUUGGUCAUGUUAACUUCCUGUUGGCGGCGCUGGUGCACGGUGUGGUGCUCAGACACAUCAACCUCCACAAGCAGGCCCGGGCCAUGGAGUACGCCAUCUCCAAUGUGGUGGCUCUCACCUCUGGCCUCGUGGGAAUUAUUGUUGGUAUUCUGGCUAUCGUCCUCUCGAAAAACAAGAGGAGUAGAGGCCUGACGUGGUCACUUUUCACAGUCGGCCUGGCUGGAGCUCUCAUGGCAGCAGCUUCAGCCAUUGGACUCUCCGUGUCUGUGGUGAGGGCCAUCAUUCACGGCGGGCGGAGCCUCCUGACUCACUGCCGCUUCCCCGAUGCCAUUGGCUACUCCAGCAUCACCAACGAGUGUCCUUUUGACCCCACGCGCAUCUAUAGUACCACUCUGAUCCUUUGGGUGCCUCUGAUCGUGACUUGUGUCGUCCAGAUGGUGUUUUCCGCCCAGUGCUUUGCUGUCUGUGUUUCAUUCCUGGGUCUGCCUUGUUGCCAUAACAGGAAGAAAACCAAAGACUAUGGCAGAGCGAUCAACGUGGUGAGGCCAAUGGAGGAAGCCCCUCGCUCUCACUAUACUGAUCCUCCACGAAGCUACAACGAACCUCCAACACGCUAUAGUGAACCUCCAAGAAGCAGCCUUGAACCUCCAGCACGCUAUAGUGAACCUCCACGAAACUACCGCGAACCUCCAAGACGGAAUACUGAACCUCCAAGACAGCAGCGCAAGCCUCCUCCCCCUCCACAGCAUCUUCCCCCUCAGCAUCGGAGUCUUCCUCCCUCGGAGAGACGGCCUCUUCGCCAGCCGCACAGAGAAAGGUCAGACAGAGGAAGGCAAGAAACGAGGGUUGGCAGCCAGCAAAGGGCACCGGAGCAACACCAACUGCUGGAGAGGGGUACGCUGGAAAGGUCCAGCUUCUGGAUUUAGCCAUAUUUGUCAGGUCAGAGCUUCUUGAAGAUGAAGUGCUGUGUGGGUAUUCACUGUAGUUCUAGCUACAAUACUUGGAUUCCAACAUCAUACCUUCUGUCAAUACUUCAAAACAGUGAAUUCAGAGCUGGAGAGGAUUUAUUUAGCAGUGCAGUGGAACCCAACAUUGUCCAGGAUCCCAGUUAUGUGAGCCUGUCUGUUCUUUUAUUUUUGUACUUCUGAGUUAUUCAUAUCAGGAUAGACAGAAGAGGCAAAUCCUCCAAAGUGAGGACAUGGUGCCAAUGUCUUGCUUGUACCAGGAUUUAGUCAAUUCAGAGUUAAAAGAAUAGUUUUGACAGUUUGUGAAAUGCACUUAGCUUUCUUACAAAGAGUUAGAUGAGAAGAUUGAUACCACGCUCAUUUCUUUGUGUUUAGUACGGAGCUGAAACCUAAAGCUCACUACAUGAUAUAUCGUUUGUAUUCAGCAUAAAAACAAGUUGUGGUUUUACUUGGGGUUAUGUGCGAGCUAGACUGUUUCCUGGCUGGAAGCAGUGUCUCUUGUUUUCUUUUUUACAGGUGGGUGUUGCUUAGCUUAGCUUAGCUUAGCUUAGCAUGAAACUGGAAUCGAAUCGGGGAGAAACAGCUAGCCUGUCCAAGGUUCAAAAAUACCCAUAUGAGGACCUCUAAAGCUCACUGAUUAACAAUAGGUUUCCCAUUUGAUUUAAUUUGUUCACAAGCAAAUGUAAAAAACGUCAAGUUGCAGUGAAACAGCUGGUAGGUGUGUGAUAAUGAUCCAGGAAGUCACUGCUUGUCACCAAGAAAUGCGUAUAGCACAUAACUUCCCAUAAAACCACAACUUGACAUUUUAAUUUAAAGUUUGUUUGUUUUUUUUCAGGUUUUUUUUUAAAAACUAGGCCAGGCUUGCUGCUGUCAUUGUCCCCUGCUUUCAGUCUCUAUGCUGGGCUAAGCUUACCACCUCCCGGUACUAGUGUCAUAUUCAGCGCACAGACGUGAGAGUGGUAUCUAUCUUCUCGUCUAAGUCUCUGUCAGAAAGAUGAAGAGUGUAUUUCCUAAAAUGUUUAACUGUUCUUUUAAUGUUUGAGGUUACAUGGAGGCAAGUGCUAUAGAGAUAAGUAAAGGUCCAAGUGAAGCUCUGUGUGUGUGUGUGUGUGUGUGUGUGUGUGUGUGUGUGUGUGUGUGUGUGUGUGUGUGUGUGUGUGUGUGUGUGUGUGUGUGUGUGUGUGUGUGUGUGUGUGUGUGUGUGUGUGUGUGUGUGUGUGUGUGUGUGUGUGUGUGUGUGUGUGUGUGUGUGUCCUCUACAUGUUGUUGCAAGUGCAUUGAACCUCUGGCGUGUGUUGCUCUGUUUGAGUUGUUGACAGUCAAUUGUAUGUACAUUUUUCUGCAGUUAGGUCAAGAGAAACUAGUUUCCUGAGAAACUGGUACUGCAAGUUUUUGUAUUUAUUGCUUAAGUAAAUAAAGUUUUUAUUAUAACUCUGCA